CUAUUUGUUCAGCAGUCCAAAAGCUUGAAAUAUAAUAUUCAUUUUGUAUUGAACAUUCAAGAAUAUUUAACUAAACUUAGAUGAGUUAAAUUAGGAUCCAAGAAUUCGUGAAAGUACAAAGUUCUAUGUGAAUAUUUUUGUAAGAAAUCUGUUGUGUCCUUAACCAUAUUUAUAAAUUUUAAUUGACGAUUGAAAAAAUGUCAGAACAAUUUGUUGGUUGUACAGUUUCUGUCACAUGUAUAGAUGAUCUUGGUACUUACCAGGGUCAAAUAAUCGAUUUAAAUAAACAAAGUGUGACUCUUUCAAAGGCUUUUUGUAACGGUGUACCGCAUACUUCCUCUGUAGUUAGUUUGAAUGCUAAAGAUAUAGUCAAUGUAGAAAUUAUUUCCACCAAAGAAGCCUGCUCUAAUGUAAAUGAUACACAAACACAAAGUAAAGUAACGGUAAAGAGACCCAUUGCUAAAAGAGCGGGUAGAUCUUUUUCCGAAAGUGUUCCAUCUUCAACACAUUCUGGUGGAAUGCAGUCGUCAUCGAAUUUCAAAAAACCUGUUGAGUCGGCGCAACAACAAUCUGAACUCGCAACUAAUGGCAAAAUGGGAUCAACCGAGUCUAAUUGUAAGCCAACUCAAAAGAGACUUACUCAUAGACAGAGAGUGCUUGAAAGGGACGAACAUACUUUUGGUACUCCCAUUGAUCAAUCCUUGAAUCAAGAUUUCGAUUUUGAAAAAAAUUUAGCACUAUUUAAUAAAGAGGCUGUAUGGCAAGAAAUUAAUUCGCUUAAACCAGAUAUCGUUAGACAGUCGGAGAGUAAUAGAGGCGGUGGUGGUAAAUAUCGACAUGAUGAGAACGUCAUUGUAUCGGAACCUACUGCCUUCAGACAAAUUGUUGUACCUUCGACUGGGGAAAAGGAAUACGUUACGGAUGAUGGCCUAGUAAUACCAAGUAUCACUCUUGACCUUCAUCGUCAAUUAAUUGGUGCAGCAGAUCGGCUUGGAAUUAGCUGGGAACGAAGGGUAGAACUUCUCGGACGUGCAGGAGCAGAAAUUAUUCUUCAGCUUCUCGGCGGUGGACAUAGACUCAAUCCAAAUAAUGCUCAUCAAUGGCCAACUGUUGUAGCACUUUGCGGACCGAAUAGAUCAGGAGCUGCUGGCGUUAAUUGCGCACGACAAUUAUCUAGUCAUGGUGUUAAAACAAUAGUAUUCGUUGAAAAUUCGGAAGACGUUUUUCUUCUACAGGAACUAUCUUUAUAUAGAUUGACAGAAAACAAAGUAGAAACUAAAGUUAAAAAUUUACCUUCUGUCGUAGAUUUAAUCCUUGUUGCGCUAUGCGAUGAAAAUUCUCCAAAAAUGGUUACUCCAGUAACACUGUGGGCAAAUAAUAAUAGAGCACUUGUUUUAGCUAUUGAACCACCAUCUACAGGUACACCUGGCAUUUUAAGUAAAUUUAGUUUAGUCGGUGCUUUACCACUAUCUCACAGUCUUGACAAUGGUAGACUAUAUCUUUGUAAUCUUGCUCUACCAAACAAAGUUUAUUCUGAUGUUGGAAUUACUUAUAGGUCUCCUUUUGGACCAAAAUUUGUCAUUCCUUUGCAUUCCAAUAACUCCUAGCAAAUUUUUAACCAAUUGUUGAUUCUAGCAACAGCAUCUUCAGAUUUUAAAAAGUUCUAGUUUUUUUUUUUUUCUUUCUUUAGCAUUGUAUACAAUUAAAAUAGGUAUACUGUGUCACAGGAACAUACUUCAAGGACAGAGGAUACUGUCCUCAUAUAAAAAAAAGCAUAACAUGCUGUGACAUUUACUAUGUAAAUUAUAGUUUUUCGUAAGCAUGUGUUAAGUGUGGCUUACAGCAAAUUGAGGAUGAUAUAUUUGAUAUGUUUUAAUAGAACAAUAUAUUUAUUGAUAUAUCAUACAUUUAUAAUAUUAGAUUAAACACAUUUAUAUAAUCGGACAAAAAAUGAGCACAGUCAGAAUUCUAUAAACGAUAUUAUGUAAUUGCAUUUGAAUUUUGCUGCUGAAGCUUUGUAAAUGAAAUCAUUAAAAUACGUAGUAUAUGCGAUAACGGUUAUAACAAUCAGUGAAAAAGAAAUUGUAAUAUUUUAAUAUGUAUUAGAUAUUCUUUAGAAAUGAUCCAUUUUAUGACUCGUAAAAAUUAUAAUUACACUGAAAAUUAUUUAUUGUACAAGUCCUAUUUCUUUUUUUUUCUUUUUUUUCUUUUUUUUUUUUUUUUUUUUGAAAAGUUCAGAUGUAUUUAUCACGCGAUAAUUUUUACAAUAGCUAUUGAUUUCUAUGAAAUCUAUUAUGUCAUUAUUCAUUUAAUUAGCAUGUUUUGAUAUGUAUUAUUGAGUUCAAGAAGUAUGUAAGGAAAAUAUUUCUCUUUUUCUAUACUCGAAAUUACUUUCCUAAUGUAUUUCUCUAAUUAGGCAUUAAAUUUAUCUUAUCAUAUAUUAUAAAAUAUUCUGUGCACAAUUAUAAUAGGAUUAAAUGCAUUAUAUUGUUUUUGCAGAUAUCUAAUUAGGUUCAUAUUCCCUUUCAUUUCUAAAAUAAAUGUUAUUAACUAAAUUCAAAAGAAUUUCAAUAUUUCAAAUUUUAUAAUCGUUAAUAUAUAUA